GAAGGAACAGGCACGUUAACGGCGAUUAGGAUCGAUACCCCUACUAGUAUCACAGGGUAUACUCCUUCAUACUUGCCCUCUUAUUUGCGUCUCAAUGAUGCAUUAAUUAGCGCUUAGUAUAGUUACAAUAUUAUUCCGACCAAUAUCCUUUAUAGCAACCCUCGCUACUCAUAGACAAUCCUUCCCUCUCGAGGAUACCCAAAUCACCUUAUUCCAUCAUCCACUCAAAACAAUACCAACCUAAAAAAGAAAAAGUUCCAUCCAUUACUACCACAAUGGUCUUCCGCGUAUACAUGCUUGCCGUCAAGGCGCCCGGCAUCACCCUCGAAGAAUUCAAAGACCACUGGGACAAUAAGCACCUCAACUUACUCAAGGAGGUUGCCGGCGACGCCUACCCGGACGUCCACAUCCACCACUACCCUGAAAAAGUACAGGGCCCCGCAGAAAUCAGCUACGACGGCAUCGGAUAUCUUGAAUUCAAGAACAGGGAGGGGUUCUUGAGGUUGAAGGAGAUCGCGGAGAAGCCGGAGAACCAGGCUAGGUUGGAUGCGGACGAGAGGACAUUUUUGGACAAGACGAAGAUUCACAUGUAUGUGGUGGAUGACGAGGAAGGGAAACCUACUGUAUAAUGUCUUAGGAGUAUGGUGAAUAUCAGAGAGCGAAUACCAAGAAAAUGAAGCGAUCACUCUUUUUUUGUUCGUGAGCAGCGUAAUAGUUUAGAUAUUCACAUUCUGUCAGGAGUCUCACUUGAGACUCCUUGGAACAAAGGAGUUAUGCUGUAUAUAAUGUUGGCUUCAAAGCAACUGUAGUUAGAGUUC